AUGGCAUCGAGCGCUGAUGCCUCCUCUCCGACGAGGCAGAAGACUAAUGAGAAUCCCACCGAGACCACGUCAGGGGCUGCGGGAGAGGAGAGCGUCGUUACUCACACAGCGCAGUCAGGCUUGGGGCGUGCCACAAGCUUCGGGAGCGCAGACCGAGUGUAUCCGAUCCGGUCGGUCAUCUCUGUUGAUCCCUCAACGGCCUCUCAGCCGCAACAGCAGACGCAGAGUAGUUUGAGCUCACCCGCCACCGGGGCACGGGAAUGGUCUAUCAUCGAUGCCGAGACCUGGGAUCAAAUGUGGUCGCAACCGAAAACAAUUACAGAUGAUCCUGUCGCCAUUGAGCCCUCUCCGUCUGCACCGGAUACUGCAGGUUCAUCCAAUCCACCCGACCAAGGCCCUCCUCACAGCCUCAGUAACGCGUCGGCUCCCGGUUCUCCUCUGUCCAAGACCCAGGAUGCAGAGGUCGAUCCUGAGCAUGGUCUUGUUACUGCCCGAUUUCGUCAUGUAGUGACCGAUGGUGGUCAUACGGUCAUCACCGGAAGAGACAACGACUCGUUCCAAUCGUGCGAAGACGAACCGAUCCAUAUCCCUGGUGCGGUGCAGAGUUUUGGUUGUUUCAUUGUGCUGCGGGAGGAAAUUGACGGGACGUUGACGGUCCGUGUAGCCAGCGAGAACUCUGAGCUCAUCCUUGGGUAUACACCCAAGAGUCUCUUUGCAUUGCAAAACUUCUGUGACAUUUUGGAUGAAGAUCAGGCCGACAGUCUAUUAGACCACCUUGAUUUCGUCCGCGAGGAUGGAUACGAUCCUUCCGUCGAUGGCCCCGAGGUUUUCCUUUUGUCCCUGAAGCUCCCUUCUGAUAAACCUCGACGAUUCUGGUGCGCCGCCCAUCUCAGCCCAGCCGACUCGAAUUUGGUCAUCUGCGAAUUCGAACUGGAGGACGACCGAAUCAAUCCCUUGAGUGUUUCUGGUCUGACCACCCCGAUGACGCCGACCGAUACUCUUAGAGUCGAACCGACGCCCGAGCAACUUGAGCACAGCACGGUCAAUAUCAGUCAACCCCUGCGAGUGCUGCGAAACGCGCGUCGGAGACGUGGUGAGGCCGCUGCAAUGGAAGUGUUCAGCAUUUUGUCUCAGGUCCAGGAUCAAUUGGCUCGAGCCAAGUCGUUGGAUUCCUUGUUGAACACCGCCACUGGUCUGGUGAAAGAGUUGACUGGUUUCCAUCGGGUUAUGAUCUAUCAGUUCGAUACCAACUGGAACGGAACUGUUGUUGCUGAACUGGUUGAUCCCAAAGCGAGCGUCGACCUGUAUAAAGGACUCCACUUUCCGGCCUCUGAUAUUCCGAAGCAAGCGCGCGACUUGUAUCGAAUCAACAAAGUCCGCUUGCUGUAUGAUCGCGAUCAGAUCACAUCGCGAUUAGUCUGCCGGACUCUGGAGGACUUGCAAACGCCUGUCGACAUGACGCAUUCCUACCUGCGUGCAAUGUCGCCCAUUCAUAUCAAGUAUCUGGCAAAUAUGGGGGUACGUGCGUCUAUGUCUAUCAGUAUCAGCGGGUUCAACGAGCUGUGGGGUCUCAUCUCAUGUCACACCUACGGGACUCACGGAAUGAGAGUCUCGUUUCCGGUGCGAAAGAUGUGUCGGUUGAUUGGCGACACCGUGUCGCGGAAUAUCGAACGGCUGUCUUACGCAUCCCGCCUCCAAGCUCGCAAACUGAUCAAUACCGUCCCGACCGACCAAAAUCCCUCGGGGUACAUCAUCGCUACUUCGGACGAUCUCCUCAAGCUGUUUGACGCCGACUACGGUGCUCUCUCAAUCCGUGAUGAGACGAAGAUCCUGGGAAAGAUGACGCACUCGCAGGAAAUCUUGGCUUUGCUGGAAUACCUCAAGAUGCGACAGAUCAAUUCCGUGGUCGCUUCGCAGCACAUCACCAAAGACUUUCCGGAUCUGUUUUAUCCCCCGGGUUUCAAGCACAUCUCCGGCAUGCUCUAUGUGCCUUUGUCUCCCGGUGGCACCGAUUACAUGGUCUUCUUCCGUCGGGGACAUCUUACGGAGAUCAAGUGGGCCGGCAACCCAUAUGAAAAGAAACUGCAAGAUGGCCAUCUGGAACCGCGCAAGAGUUUCCAAACCUGGCGAGAAACAGUCCUGGAUCAGUCUCGAGAGUGGACCGAGUCGGACGUCGAGACGGCAGCCGUGUUAUGUCUCGUCUAUGGCAAAUUCAUCAAAGUGUGGCGGCAAAAGGAAGCGGCAAUGGAGAACUCGCAAUUGACGCGGCUCCUCCUCGCGAACUCGGCCCACGAAGUUCGCACGCCGCUGAAUGCUGUCAUCAACUAUCUGGAAAUCGCUUUGGAAGGCUCCUUAGACGCGGAGACCCGCGAUAACCUUACGAAGUCCUACUCUGCAUCCAAAUCUCUGAUCUAUGUCAUCAACGACCUUCUAGAUUUGACCAACACGGAGAAGGGCCAGAAACUCAUCAAAGACGAAACAUUUGAUCUUCCAGUCACUUUCCGAGAAGCAACUGAUAUGUUUGAGGGAGAGGCCAAGCGUAAGAAGAUCGAUUACAAAGUGGUGACGCACCCUGGACUUCCCCCAGCGGUCAUUGGCGAUCAACGUCGUGUUCGUCAGGUGUUCACCAAUCUCAUUUCCAAUGCGGUUCGGCAUACAACAGCAGGCAGCGUGACCACUGAGAUUUGGCGUUCUUCCGAGCCUGCGCAGCCGGGUUGCGUGCUGGUCCAAAUGACUGUUUUGGACACGGGAUCAGGAAUGUCUCAGAGCACUCUUGAGGCUUUGUUCCAAGAGCUUGAGCAAGUUUCUCCAGAGGAUGACAGCUAUUACUUCGAUCCGGAAGACCAGGCACGCUUGCCCGGCCCAGGCGGCCAGGAUCAACGUGUCCUGGGCUUGGGUCUGGCGUUGGUGGCUCGAAUUGUUCGCAACAUGCACGGCCAGCUGAGUGUUCGGUCGGAGGAGGGCAAGGGCAGCCGUUUCAAGAUCUCACUCAACUUCCCAGUCUCGGAGGACGCGGCAUCCGCUAAACCGGAAGAGCCGCCUGUGCUCGAAACCGUGGAACCAGCGGUUCCGAUUCAGGUGGAACGUGAGUUCAUGCUCGUCGACAGCAAGUCCACUCAAAGCGGUGGGCGGCGGCAAAGUACCGGCAGCAAUCGCAGCGGGGGGAGUUACAAUAGCUCCCGCAGCGGCAGGAGCAACAGAAGUGAAGCUGAUCGGUUGAUUAGCGCCAUGCAGGAAUCCCCUCUACUGGAACGGACAACCAGCGAAGGAUCUGAGCGGAGAGGUCCUAAACCAGUGGAGAGCACUCACGGCGGCGCGGGCAACAAACACGCAACGUCUACUCAGUCUCUUCCGAUUCUUAAGGACACAUCGAGUCCGCAACAAUGGCCGGUGACACAAGCUUUUCCCUUUCCGAGCACGGCACGCACGACGAUGCCUCCAGUCUCCCCGCCUUUGCCUGGCCAGGAACCCGUUACCGACUCUGGAGUUCCAUUGACAGCGAUACGCAUUCCACCAGCAGACGUGGAGCGGCCACCCUCACCCCCGAACAAAGCUUUGCCGAGCCAACCUGAGACCUCGGGGCAGUUGCCAAGCACGGCUGAGCCAUCCUCAGCACCUGCCCCCGACGCUGAACCGCCUACUCUACGCGUUCUCGUUGCCGAGGACGACCCUAUCAACAGCAAGAUCGUGCAGAAACGACUAGGUAAACUGGGGCACACUGUCGUCCUCACAGGGGAUGGCAAAGAAUGUGCGACUGCCUUUCGUGGAGAUUCUGCGAACGUCGAUGUUGUCCUGAUGGAUAUCCAGAUGCCGAUCGUCGAUGGCAUAGAGUCUACCAGAAUGAUCCGCCAGUUCGAGCGAGAGUCUUCUGAAGUCCCGCUGUCUGAAAAAGCGAGCAAGAACGGCCGCGUGCCCGUCUUCGCGGUCUCAGCAUCACUUCUUGAAAAGGACGCACAACUGUACAUUGAAGCCGGCUUUGAUGGAUGGAUCAUGAAACCCAUCAACUUCAACCGGUUGGGUGUUCUCUUUGAUGGUCUUCGGAACCAGGACAUCCGCAACGCAGCCACCUACCAACCCGGCCACUGGGAGUUUGGAGGCUGGUUCAAACGCCAUGGGAAACUCUGA